CCUAUGAAUUUAUCUAGUCUCAGUCACAGAACACGCUCGAUGCAGCCGCCCGCAUCGUUAAAUUACAUCAUUUAAUUUAUAUUUUAUUCAUCCACUGUUAAUACGUUUAAAGUCAUAAUAAAAAUGGAAAAAAAAUGUGUUCAGUGUUGCCGUCAUAAAGUUUAUCUUUCAAAUAGCGGCAGCCAUAAGUGUUAAAGACGAAUUAGACAGUUCAGUAAACACCUUACAUAUUGCGUCAACUGUGUUCAGGUCCCAUCAAUUUUUAUUGGCUAACUCAUUCGUAGUUUACAUAAAAUGAGUGUUGCGGACGCCAGAGCCGGGGUCAUGCGCGGGUGGGAAUGUACACCGACAGAUGUACCGGAAAAUGUUCCUGUUGAUCAUAAAAAUAACAAAACAUGUAUGCCAGCUACAUUCAUUAAAGGAUGGAGAAGAAACACGCUUUAUGGCAUUCUUAUUUUUCUUAUGAUAUUAAUAUUUUUAAACGUGGCAUUGACUCUCUGGAUUGUUAGUGCAUUGAAGCUAAGUAUGAAUGGCAUCGGUCCUAUUAAAAUAGUGAAGGGAGGUAUUCAGCUGGAAGGACACUCGUGGGUGACAGACAACUUGGUCGCGUCCACAAUCACGUCGCAACCAGCGCACCCUAUUAGCUUUCAAUCGCAUCGGAACUUCUCGGUACAAGUGUCCGACCAUCACGGAGUGCCACAUUCCAAGCUGCUAAUAAAACGGGAUAAUAUAGAAUUUAGUGGGCAAGUUUUCCAUGUCAGGGAUUCUCGAGGUAUGAACGUGUUUCAUGCAUCUCGUGAUGAAGUGCGGGUUUUCGCUGAUACGUUUGCGGUGGAUGGCGUCGGAGGUUUGGUCGUCAAGAAUGCGGUCCAAGUACCGUUCGUAAGAGCUCCACCAGGAUUCGAUUUGCAAUUGGAGUCAUUAACAAGGCGACUAGACCUCAGGGCGCCACAAUCCAUACACUUCGAGAGUAGAGCGGGAGGCAUAGACUUAACAUCUCAAAAUGAUAUUAAAUUAAACUCUAUUGUUGGUGCUAUAAAAAUCGAUUCGCCAAAUAUAGUGAUCAACAAUCUUAAAGAAGCUUCUAUUACGGAAAAGCCUCAAAAGGGUAUAAGAGGCAUAAAAGUGUACCAACUUUGUGCAUGUGCGACUGGUAAAUUGUUCUUGGCCGCACCAGACGCUCCAUGUGCCGCCAACGAUGACGAUACCGACCUCUGUCGAUGAUAAACAUACACCAUACGCUUAUUUUUAUAUUAUUUGUGAUAGUAGCCGUUGAAGGUCUAGUCACUAGACUCUUGUCAAAUACUCAAUAUAAGCUAUGAUUGAAAAGGGAUUGAUCUGCAAAUGACUAAUAGUAUUUGUAAAUUAGUAUUUCAGCCGCACUGUUAUAUUAAGAUUUAUUUUAAAAUAAUAUUAUUAUAAGUAUAUGUAAUUUCAUCACAAAAACCUAUACAGUAUUACUGUAUUCCUUUAAGUUUUAUUAUUAUUAAACAAAUUUUAGUAUUUU